UUUCUACUUUUCUUUUUUCCUUUUUCUUUGUAGACUUGGGAUUUAAGCUGGUUUUGGUCUCUAGGCAUAAGAGAUGGCUUAGAACCCAAUCCAUGCCAAUGCAUUUCAAUAACAUUUUUGCGUAGAACCCAAUUGAUUGCUUCACCUUCCUGUGUCUUCUAAACAACCCUUCUUUCUCUCCCUUCUAACUUGAAUCUUAAGCAUAAUUCUCUCCUCAAAUUAACGGAAAAACUAUUAAUUCCCUCGCUCAGACCAGAUCACAGCUCCGAAUCUCUUCGUUCUCGGCAUAUUCGAUUGAAUUAUAUCAAUAUCUCAGAUGGGUUCCGUCAAUAUUUUCACUGAAAGCUGUUGAUUGGCACAAUACAAUGCAUCACAAUUCUUACUCUACUCUUUCCAUGAAUUCAUAGCAAUUCUCAUUUCUCUCUGUUCUGAGAGCGUUUCCUCAGUGAUUUUGACCCUUUCUGGCCAAAUGUUUUUACUUUUUUUCAAAUACUGAGCGAUUUCUUCAUAUUUUUUAAAUAAUCUCUCUCUGAAAGAUAACAUAAGAGUGUUACUUCUCCAACAAUGGUCGGAUAUCGUGUGUGGCCUCAAAAACACCAGUUCUUUGGUGCCUAUUGUUGGGUCAUUCUCCGGUGAAAAAAAAAAAAACCAUCGAGUGCCCCUAAGAAUUUUUGCCCAAACUUGGCAAUUUUGGCCCGAAUUCGACGACUUUUUGGCGAGAGAAUGGGAAGGCCUUCGAGUACUUAUAAUAAGCAAAAGCUAAGGAAAGGACUGUGGUCACCACAGGAGGAUGAGAAACUCAUGAAACACAUCACGCAGUUUGGCAUUGGUUGCUGGAGCUCAGUGCCCAAACAAGCGGGUUUACAGAGGUGUGGAAAGAGUUGCAGAUUGAGAUGGAUCAAUUACCUAAGGCCUGACCUUAAGAGAGGCUCCUUCUCACACCAAGAAGAAAACAUCAUCAUCAGUCUUCAUGCAGUUCUUGGAAACAGGUGGUCUCAGAUAGCGGCUCAGCUACCUGGAAGAACCGACAAUGAGAUCAAGAACCUGUGGAAUUCAUGCCUAAAGAAGAAGUUAAUCCAACAAGGAAUUGACCCCAACACUCACAAGACAUUAACCACAAAUGACCCCUCUGAAAACCAGGUCCUCACCAAGAACCAACAAAACCAGAAGCUUCAGAGUAUUUCCAUGACCGAAACCUCGCAAUUGCCGAUAAAUUCCUUCACAAAUAACCCCAACCCACCCUCACUAUCUCUUUCAAAAAAAACCAUUUCAGAAACACCUAUCUCCAUCUCUGCAAACUGCCUCAAUGUCAAUCCUCACUCUGUAACUGACCCAUAUUCGAAUUGGGUUCCAUUGUUUCACAGAGAUUUUGUUCUCUCUCAUCAAAUCCAAGCUGAGGUGAGAGAGGAUUCCGGAUUUUUGCCUGUUACUGAAUCAAAUUACUGUGAAAAAAGUACCUCCAUGGUAAUUGAGGACAACUUCUCAGGCAAAUUAGACAAAUUUGUUACUCCAUCGGGUUCAUGGACCUGCACUAAAGGGAUCGAUCAGCGCUGCGAUAAUGGUAGAUUAACCUACAGUAACAGUAGCAGUUCCAGUAGCAAUGGAGGAAAUAAGGAUUUUCAGAGCGAAAACAUGCAUUUUGAGGGCUUCAAAUGGCCUGAAUACUUUGAAUUAUCAUUCUCUGAGAAUCUGAAUUCAUGGCAGAAGUUGCAGUGCUCAGAUGACUACAGCAGUUUAUCAGAAGAUCAAACCGAUCCCAAAUUCGAUCUCUUUGAACAGAUUUAGCACACUAGAAUUUCUUUUUUUUUGUGGAUCUUUUAUAUGCAAAUAUUGAUCAGAUUUAUUUUGAACAGUGAACACAUUUUUCUCUAUUUCAUUUCUUUUUCUGGGGUUCUUACCGCCAUUGAAUUGAAUAAAAGAAUUUGGAAGAGAGAUAUGAAGUGGGCUUGGGUUUUUUAGCCCUAAUGUAAAUGAGUGGCAUGUAUUCUGCUUUUUUUUUCUCCCAAAGAUAUAGAAUUUGUGUAGAGAGAGAGAGAGAAUUGAGUUUGAAUGAAGAAUU